UAAAUUUCUAAUUUUAUGUUUUAUCUGCUUUCUGUGAUUUCAGGUGGUUCCGACAGCAACAAAGGCAAAAGCAAAAAAUGGCGCAAAAUUCUACAAUUUCCACACAUAUCGCAGUGUAUACACCUCAGAGACAAAUUAGAUAUAAGCUAUGGUUACGUGAUAGACCAACAACCCAUUGGCCGUAUAUUGUUUAGACAGUUUUGUGAAAGCAAGCGGCCCAUUUACUUUAGGUACAUUUCCUUCCUGGAUGAAGUGCAGCGAAUAUCUUUUUUGCUAUCUUCAACUUCGAAAUUUAGAUAUGACGUGGAAUACGAUGAGAAUCGUAUAUCCAUUGCUGUCGACAUUGGUCGGCGCUUUUUGGCCAUUGACACGCCUACGGCGUUGAAUAAUGGCAUUUGUGAUAUCGGCGUUGAGAAUGAUGUCAAUGAUGCCAAUAUCACCAAUUCCACCGUUGAAAGUAACACUGCAGCAGAGACUGAAAAUUGCAACAAUACCACCGCCAACAAGAGCAGCAGCAACAAUCACAAAAUAUACGAACGUCACAAUGGGGACGAACACAAUGGCAACGAUCAUCUACAGCAGCAGCAGCAGCAGCAACAAAACCAGCAACAGCGGGAUGACACUGCGAUACAAUGUAAUGAUGCCGGUGGCUCUGGUGGCGGUGAUAGUGGCGUGGAUGCCGGCGAUACAGUUGGUGGUGGCAGCGGUGAAGGGAGUGGCGGAGGAGGCGGAGGAGGCGGCUGUGACGACAACGGUGGUGGUGAUAAGGAAAUCAAUUGCCUGUAUACUGCGGGCGGUAAAAAACUGAAUUUAUUCAACCGCGACGAACUAGUGCUGGAUGUGCUCAACGAUGAUCUCAUUGCGCGCGUACGGGACAAAAUUACAAGCGGCAACAAGGAGCUCUUCGAACCGUGUGUGACUGCGGUGAAAGCCUUUCUAGCUGGCGAACCAUUUCGAGAAUUCGAGACUUCAAUGUAUUUCCAUCGAUAUUUGCAAUGGAAAUGGCUGGAGGCGCAACCCAUCACCUACAAAACGUUUCGUAUGUACCGCGUACUGGGCAAAGGUGGCUUCGGCGAGGUCUGUGCAUGUCAGGUACGUGCCACUGGUAAAAUGUACGCUUGCAAAAAACUCGAAAAGAAGCGCAUAAAAAAACGUAAAGGCGAAUCGAUGGUGCUGAUAGAGAAACAGAUUUUGCAAAAAAUAAAUUCCCGCUUUGUUGUGAACUUGGCAUAUGCGUAUGAGACCAAAGAUGCGCUCUGCUUAGUGCUAACGAUUAUGAACGGUAAGUUGAGUUUCUUGAAAAAAAUAAAUAAAUAAAUAAAAAAUAAAAUU